GGCCUGAGCCGCGCCACCCGCGCCACCCGCGCCAUGGGGGUGCUCGACGGCCCGGAGAUCCGCGCCCUCGAAGCAGGAGCAGUGAGCACGCCUGCCAUCGUGGGCAUCUGCCUGGGCGCGUCGCUGUUCCUGGUGCUGACGGCGGCCGUGACGUGCGUGUGCUACCGCCGGCGCAGCCACUGGGCGCACCACGAGAAGCUGGCGGGCAAGCCGCGCGUGGACAAGCCGCUCGCCCUGCAGCAGCACCCGCGGCGCACCACCGCCGUCAAGAGCCCGGCCGGUGGGCCCACGCAGUACCUCAAGAAGAGCCCCUCGCCCACCGGGCCGGGCAAGUCGCCGCCUGGGGCCGGGACCCCCAGCCCGACGCGCGAUGGCAAGGCGGACCCCACGGGGCUGCCCGGCCCCGGCGCCGUGCUGCCCGCCGCCGCCGUGGCGCCGCCGCCCGAGCCCGCCCGCCUCUACACGGAGACCGAGCGGUCCGCCGUGCAGCCGGCCGCCAAGGAGGACGACGCCAACGAGAAGAACGCCGUCAAGCGCCUGCAGCAGCAACUCGCCGAGCCCGGCCAGCUGGGCCAGCUGUCCUUCAAGCUCAGGUACCGCCAGGACAAGAGCACGCUGGUGGUGACGGUGGUCAAGUGCAAGAACCUGCCCGCCAAGGACCCGGGCCUGGGCAGCUGCGACCCGUACGUCAAGCUGCAGCUGUUGCCGGACAAACAGCACAAGGUCAAGACCCGCGUGCUGCGCAAGUCUCGGGACCCCCAGUACGACGAGGACUUCACCUUCUACGGCAUCAACGCAAACCAGCUGCAGAGCAUCACACUCCACUUCGUGGUGCUGAGCUUCGACCGCUACUCUCGAGAUGACAUCAUCGGGGAGGUGUUUUGCGCCCUCAGCUCCGUGGACCUGACCAACAAGGACAACCACCAGCAGAUGCUCACCAAAAACAUCUUGCCUCGCAGUCUUAAGAUCCGGUCGCAGGGACGAGGAGAGAUUCUGGUGUCGCUUUGCUGGCAACCCGCUGCCAACAGGCUGACCGUGGUCAUCCUGAAGGCCAGGAACCUGCCCAAGAUGGACGUCACAGGGCUUGCAGACCCAUACGUGAAGAUGUACCUGCUUGUCGGCGGGCAGCGGGUGGCCAAGAAGAAGACCCACGUCAAGAAGCGCACCCUGAACCCCGUCUUCAACGAGUCGUUCGUGCUGGAGGUCCCCGCUGGAGCUGAGGGACUGGAGUCUGUGUCGCUUGAGUUUCUCCUGCUAGACUGGGACCGUGUCACUAAGAAUGAGGUGAUUGGGCGCCUGGAACUCGGCGGUUCCAGAUGCACUGGUUCUGCUCUACACCACUGGAAUGAGGUGUGCAACUCACCGCGCAGGCAGAUUGCUGAGUGGCACAAACUACGAGAGUAGCAUUCCUGCAUCCACCAGUUUUAUUUUCUUCCCUUCUCGAACCGCCAUUUGACAACCUUCUCCUGCGUACCAUUCCCUUAGCACGCUGGCAGCUACUUAUCGUAGGUACUUGAUCCAACAGGUGGUUCCAACGACUGUCUUGCAUAACAUAAUAUAUUGUAUCAAAAGCUAUCGAUCUCAAUGUGUUUCUGAUUGUAUUCACGACCAAUCGAAAGCACUUUAUCCAUAUUGAUGAAUAUAUAAUUCAAUCAAACAUUAGUGGUUAUAUAACCUGAAGUAUUAAUUUGUUAAUCCUUACUUUGCACUUCGUUCUUGUGAGAAAAACAAAAUCACCUUCAUCUCUUCAGUUAAAUAUUGAUGCAUUGUGUGCCAUGUCCCGCUAUUGUCAUUAACGAUUAUUGAUUAUAUACAUCUAAAGAUUAUGGUGUGUGUGUGUGUGUGCGUGUGUGUUGUUUGUGUGUGGAUGUGUGUGUGUGGCCGCGCGCGCGCGUACGUUUAUUGGCUCUGUUGAGGUAUAGGAGUUAAUUGCAUCCAUCAGACUAAUUGAAAACUUUUCAGGCAUGAAAAUAAAUAUGUAAGUUAUAGUCUUGUGUUUGAUGUGCCAGUUUUCAUUUAUCGAGGAAAAAUAUCGCUUCAGCUUCAGGUGUAUUUCGUGUAAGAUCAUCAUCCCAAACUCUUGGAUUUACUUCAUGAGCACCUGGUUAUGCAUUUUCAGCCGGGGAUAGAACUCCCCUGUAUACCUUAGGAAAAUGUUAUGACCGACGAAACCAUCUCUGUUGCAAAUAUUCUGGGUAUGAAAUAUAAAUGCUGCAAAGCGUAAGGUUCACAGAUGUUAUUUACGAAAUAAGGUUGUGAGCAAGGGGAAAUCACUGUGAAUUUCAGUGUACAAAACUAAUGAAUUUCAGUCGAAUUUCGAUGAAUGUCAGUCAAUAUUCAAUGAAUUUUAGUCAAAAUUAGAUGAAUAUCAGUCAAAUUUUGAUGAUUUUCGGUGAGUUUUACAUAAUUGAUGAAUUUCGGUGUACAAAUUUGGCUGGAGUUAUUUCCCCUUGGUUGUGAGAGCAAUGAUCGAGUACUCACUGUUCCAGCUUUUAACCUGUAAUUCACCUUUGCUGUAAUGUAUUAAAUCUAGAAAGCACAUCUAUAGCAGCUCAAUUAUUUUUCUGUUAUGAAAUAUCUUGUGGUAUGUCAAGCCUCCAAUAUCAACUCAAUUCUUCCCAUUGGUUUCCUGAUUUAAGUAAGGCCACAUGGUGACACAGCUGUGCAAUGAAAAGAAACAUCCAGGCUUCCCUUAAAAGCCGACCAAGUUGUUAAGAAAGUGCUUUUGCUUCGUGUAUUUUGCAUACUUUAUCAAUGGACUAUUAUAUCUUAGGGCAGGGUAAAGCAGAGUUGGGUGGGAGCCAGUCUGUGGGUGUUUCUGCUGGCCUUGAGAGUCCCUGGUGAAUGGUUUGUCUUCCUUAGAACUCUUUCAAAAGUAGGAAAAUCCCAAAAUUGAUUUUAAAAAAAUAUUUGUUUUUGUUUUGUGUUUAAAGGAGAGAUUUAAAUUACGCUGCAUAUCAUGUUUCUCUUAUGCUAAAAAAAUGGUUUUCCGGCAUAUGCUUUACUCUAAAGAACCAGUUAAAUAUUCAAUUUAUCCGCUUUGCCUGAGAAUGUGCAUUUUUGUCUUGAUAUGCGGUUAAAAAUUUCGAUUCACCAAACCGACGAGGAUCUUUUUGUCGGUGAAAGACAUGGGAGACUGAACUUGUGGGUCUUAUAUGAUAAGACGAGGUCGCAAGAAAGCUUGUUUCUGUUUCGUUUAUUAGGCAAGAAAACAUACAAUCAAGAAUUUAGGUUUUAAAGUGUACAUACUAUACUUUUCCUACUUACUCGCUUAGUUAAGGUGGAUUGAAAUUGUGGCCGAUAAAACGAUUUCUGGUAGAAAAGAAAUUGAAUUAUAUAAAAGUGAGAAGGUGCCCAAGAAUUAAGUGAGUCAUACGAGUUACUAUAAAUUUGGGUACACACAACGUUUUCACUUACAGUUAAAUUGAUCUGCUAGCCAAAACUAAAUGGCUCACUUAGUUUUAGAUGAAUUUGAAGGUUUAAAUGAAGGGCUGGCUCCCUGUAUGUACGAGUUGUUCGACUAUGACUCUGUUAAUUUUACCACCGAGUGGCGUCGUUGGACAGAUAGAUCAACGUUUUGUAAAGACACUAAAUAGUGAUGUCAGAGGUGAAAAAGUACUUGUACCUUGUAGUAGCAUAAAAGUGUUUUCCAAGCCACAACUAAUAUUAGUCUCUCUCAACAGACACAUAGUUAAAGAAAUAACAUUCCGUGUGUCAGGUUGAUCAUUUUUCUUUAGUAAAUCACAUAACUUUAUGCAUGGUUUUUUCUUUCAAAUUAUUUAUUUCACAAGUUGACAGCGAUAACAUGGGUUUUGAUUGUAAAUUUGUGAUUACCUUAUGUAGAUUUACUUGCUUAGGUUGCUGGUUUAGUGGUAGACACGUUUUUUUUAAAUGCAAUAUUGUAAAAUUGACAAUGCUCAUAGAACUACCCCUCUUCUACUGCGACGUACAUAUGUUGUGUAAGUCCUUGGCUGUAUUGUACACAUUCCAUAAAUAGGUACUUCUAAAAACCAGCAGCAUGUUAUAUUUUCUCAUUCUCAGUUUCAUCAGCACAAAUAAAGUGUGGAGACAUCGA